AUGCAUAAGCAGCAGGACUACUACACCCUUCUGGGGGUUCCGAGGACGGCGUCCAAGGACGGUAUUCGCGAAGCCUACAAGUUGAGGGCGCUCGAACUCCACCCGGACAAGAACCCCGAGGGAGAGGCCGUGUUCAAGUUGGUGCUGAAUGCAUAUCAAGUCCUUGGAUCCCCCACAAAGCGAAGAAAGUACGAUCAAGAAAUGGCCUUACGCGAUGGGCGCAGGCCGGUGCCAACGGCUACCGGGCGCCACGGUCCAAGACCGACGCGGGGCAGCAAUUCGAGCCCAAGGGCCCCAAACCCGGCACCCACCCCAUCCUUUGCCGGCGGUGCCUCUAGAAAGCCUGUCGAUGAAAACUUGUUCGAGGACGUUUACAAGCAGUACCAAAAGGGAACGUAUGGAGGUUCGGCUCCUAUGGGCAGGGACAACAAAGAUGGUUUUCGUGGCGCGGGGGCAAACCAACAGAGCUUCUCGGAGUGGUUCAAACGAAAACAAGAAGAACUUAGACAAGCUGAAGAGGCGUUCAAGGCAAAGCUAGAUUAUGCGAAGAAACUAGAGGUUGAGGAGAAGCGGCGGGCGGAAGAAUGGCGUAUACUACAGCAGCGACGGGAGCGAGAGAGGGAGGAGGAGCUCGAACGUGCACGCGCCCAGCGGGAGUGGGAGGGUGAGUUGCUUCGUCGUGAGAAGGAAACGGCCUCGCGGAUUCGCAAAGCGGAGGAAGAUAAGGUAAAAUUGGCCGCGUACUCUGAGGUUCAGAAAAAGCAACAAGAACAUCUGGAUGCUCAUCUCAGAGACCUCGCAAUGAUGAAGAAGGAGCUCGAGGACGAACGUCGACGCCUGGCGGCGGAGCGAGAAUUGGUUUGUCAAGAAUCAACAGGCCAGCAAGAAGCGCGUCGUGAAAGACAAAAGAAGCGCGAGGAGGAAAUGGCAUUAGAGCUCCAACGCGCAGAAGCCAAGAUAGAGGUGGCUCUCGCCCAUCAGGCUGACUAUGCGGCGUAUGAACGAGAGCGCGAGGAGCAGCGGCUACGGGACGAAAACGCGCGCAAGCUUGAGGAGGAGUUUCGGCGUCAGACAAACCUUCACGAGGAAGAGACGCGGCGCCAGUUUGAUGCAGCGCAAGAAGAGGCGCGUCGCAAGGCCUCAGAGGAGCUUGACGGGAAACGAAGAGCCAUAUUGGAGCAAAUUGUCAAGGAACGGCAGCGACACCAAGAUGACGUGGAGGCAAUGCGGCGGGAAACAGACCGCAUUGAGGCUGAGAUGCAGGCAAAGCUUGAUGCUUUGAGGGAGGCGAAGAAGUCUGGGCAACCGAUCAACCUGGACGAGUGGAAGUUGUAG